GAGGGUAACACAGAAGGAAAAAAGCCAACUAACGCUGAAGGAUGUCUAAAAGAAUGUCCAUUAGAUAAUGAAAAAAACAAAAGUAUGGAUCCGGAUUUAUACAAGAAUCCGUACAAAUAUUGGCUUAUGUUCAAGGUUCCAAAAUUUUGGGAUCGAUAUGAAAAUGAGACAAGUGGAAUGGACCCUAUAUGGAAAGUAAAAAAAUGGAAUGCUGAAUUUAUUAAAAUUUCAAAUAAGAAAUUUAAUGAUCUAUAUUCAAUAAUUCGUCGUGAUAUUCCAGAUAAAGAAAAAAAGGAAAAAACUGAUAGUUUCAUGAAUGAAUUUGACUCAGAAUUUGAGAAAUUUUUAUUCAAAUGUAAGCAAGAGAUGGGAGACAAUAAAACAGAAUCCGAAUCUAAGAAAGAGCAGGGAAAAAUAAAAAAAGAAAAUAAUAAAUCAAAUACUUUGAAAUUUCUUUUUUGUAGGUUUGAUAACCAUUAA